CUCCCGGUGUCUCCCCUCGGGGACCGAGUCUACGGCCCGGGGAGAAGCGGGGCGGCGGGGGCGGCGGCCGGGUCCUCUCUGAUGGGCUCUGCCUGAGGCGGCGCUGCCCGGGAUUCCUGGACCAUCUCAGCUGCUUGUGGAGCCCCCGGGAGAGUCUAGCUUCCCAGGGAGCCUGGAGAGGAGCUGUGGGGACGGAGGCCGGUGCCCUGACGCCUUAAGUGCUUGCUUCCCAGAGCCCUGCCUGUGUCAAAGAGAAGAAGAGAGCAAUGACCAAGUCACAGGAGGCGGUAACGUUCAGGGACGUGGCCGUGGUCUUCAGCGAGGAGGAGCUGGGGCUGCUGGAUGCUGCCCAGAGGAAGCUGUACCGUGACGUGAUGCUGGAGACCUUCAGGAACCUUCUGUCAGUGGGGGGCCAAAGUCCAAACAAGAUGGAGUCUCUUCAUGCAACGUUCAUAAGGUGCCUUUCACCGGGGCGGCUUCCAUGCUGGCAAAUGGCAAUCCAUGUUGUCAACAAACUGGCCAGAACUCCAGAAGCUGAAAUAAACACUCAAGGAAAGGGUCCUCACUUCCUGGAGCAGUGCCACGCCUCCUGCCACCCGGGAGCAGAAGAGACUCCCCAGGCCUCUGAGGGUGAUGGCUGUCCUGAGAGUCUCACAUGCGACCUUUCCUGCGUUACUGAAAAUCAGGGAUUUCUCACUAGUAGAGGUCAGGGUUCUAGGAGUAAAACGCAUCUUGGCAAGAGAUGGAACCAUCAGAAACAGUGUCCGCAGCCUCCAGUGAAAAGCAGUGCAGUGCUGUUGGCUUCUGGAGCUGACAUUCCAAGUUUCACUCCCCACCAUAAUAACAAUAUCCUGCAUAGGAGAGACAAAGCCCACAGCUGCGGCGACUGUGGUGAAGUCAUCUAUCCUGUGUCACCCCUCACUCAGCAUCAUGUUUACACAGAACGGAAGGCCUCCCAGUGCAGCCAGGGCCGGGAAGCCUUCAUUGGCAGCUCCAGUCAGGAACGCCAUCAGCAGGUCUUUUUAGAAAAAGAGUCCCCUGUACGUAGUACACACGAGGACAGCAGCCAUAGCUCCAGUGUCCCCAUUCAACAAAGUGCUCAUCCAGGGAAAAAGCGCUACUGGUGCCACAUGUGUGGCAAGGGUUUCAAUCAAAGCUCGAACCUUCAGACCCACCAGAGAGUGCACACGGGGGAGAAGCCCUACAGGUGUGACAGCUGUGGGAAAGGCUUCAGCCGCAAGUGGGAUCUCAAAAUCCACCGCCGAGUGCACACCGGAGAGAAGCCUUACAAGUGUAAGCUGUGUGGGAAGGGCUUCACGAAGUGGGAGCACCGCCAGAUCCACGAGAGGACCCACACGGGGGAGAAGCCAUAUAAGUGCGGCGACUGCGGCAAAGGCUUCAGCUGUAGCUCGAACCUGCACGCCCACCAGAGAUUCCACACGGGAGAGAAACCUUACGAGUGCGACGCGUGCGGGAAGCGCUUCAGCUUGAGCUGGCACCUUCACAGCCACCAGCGGGUCCACACGGGAGAGAAGCCGUAUCGAUGUGGAGAGUGCGGGAAGGGAUUCAGUUCCCUCACAACCUUCCGUAGACACCAGGGGGUCCACACAGGACAGAGGCCGUUUCGCUGUAAUGUGUGCGGGAAGGGCUUCAGCGGGAGCUCAGACUUUCAAGCCCACCAGAGAGUUCACACCGGGGAAAAGCCGUACAGGUGUGACGCCUGUGGGAAGCACUUCCGGAGCACAUCGAAUCUUCACACCCAUCAGAGAGUCCACACUGGGGAGAAGCCAUAUAUAUGUGACGUGUGUGGGAAGCGCUUCAGGAGUACCUCAAACCUUCACUCCCACCAUAAAAUCCACACGGAAGAGAAACCCCAUGCGUGUGAGGAGUGCGGGAAGGGCUUCAGUCAUGCCUCAGCCCUGCAAGCUCAUCAGAGCGUCCACACCGGGGAGAAGCCCUACAGGUGCGACACGUGUGGGAAAGCCUUCACACAGAGGUCCAAUCUCCAAGUGCAUCAGAUAAUUCACACCGGGGAGAAGCCGUUCAAGUGUGAGGAGUGCGGGAAAGAGUUCAGGUGGAGCGCGGGCCUUAGUGCUCACAGGAGGGUCCACACGGGAGAGAAACCGUACACGUGUCAGCGGUGCGGGAAGGGCUACAGUAACGUCUCAUACUUCCAGAAGCACCAGAGGGUCCACAUUGGGGAGAGGCCCUAAAUCUGCAGCAUCCGCUGUCAGGGCUUCUUGUAAGCAUCUGCUUGUAAGUCCGAGAUCACAUCUUGUCAACCACCAGAGAGAGAGUCCACACUACAAGGCACCUCUAGAUUCGUCCUGCUGUCGGGUGGGCUUUAUGCUGCUGAUGAUCAAAGCUCUCCCACAACCCAGAAGCUUCUGGAGACUUCACAGGGGACUGUAUUUAAGGGUUUUUUACCCCCUCAACACAUUUCCUACUGGGCUGAUAGGGAAAGAUAGUAUUUUAGAAAUGAUCUUCUUAAUAUAGGAAAGGUUUCAGAUUUAAUUAUAAAAAAGAAUUUUUAAUUGUCAGGAAGAGACCCAACAGCAAUUGCAGUGCCUUGUACUAAUGCUGAGAUUAUAUCAUUGUGGGUAAUGGAGAUUGGCAAAGACCUUGUAGCAGUUAUUUGGGAGAAAUUAACAACAAAUAUAACCGAACUCCAUUACCUUCAGGGAGUAUCUCAAAAAGUACCCAAAGAAAUGAAAUUUGUCAAAUGGAUGUGUUUCAUUUCACAGAGUCUUGAAAAUUAAAAUAUGCCUACCAUACCAUAGACAACUAUUCAGGCUUUCAGUGGGUAACUGCUUUAAGUUCUAAUGAACUGAUUCUGUAAUUACAUGUUUCUUGGAAAUUAUGGGAAUGCCUGUGCAGAUUAAGACUGACAAUAUUCCUGCCUAUGUCUCUAAUGAAGCAAUUUUUUGAUUGUCAUAAUAUAAAGCAUAUUACAGGUGUACCACACAAUCCUGCAGGAAAAGCAGUUAUAGAGUGGUCUAAUUGUACUUUAAAAGAGGUGCUUAACGGAA